GGGACUGCGAAUGAGUUGUCGCGAGAGCUGAGAUUCCAACGAGAUUCACGCAGGGCUGCGUUACUGUGUGUGUCAAAAGAGCAUCUUCAAUACAGGUGUUGUUGUGAAGUCGGCGUUCAACGACCAUUUUAUUUAGGACGUCCGUUUAAAAUCGUUACAGCGAGUUGGAAUAAAAGAUCCUCGUUGCCCACGGAUACUUUCUUUUAGGAUCUGCACGCACGUUUAACGACAGAAGAAAAUAAACUAAACUCGAAGCUCGAGAUCGUGAUCGCCAUAACAGUUUGACACGCAGGCCCGUGCAGGAUGAGGCGUGCGCGGGUCGUCGUGGUGGGAGCGGGUGUGGUCGGCUUGUCCUCUGCCGUCUGCGUCGCCGAGGCUCUCCCCUUCUGCUCCGUGACGCUGCUGGCUGAGAAGUUCAGUCCACACACCACCAGUGAUGGAGCCGCUGGGAUCCUGUUUCCUGCAGAGUUUCCAGAUGUUCCCGUGGAAAGACAAAGACGCUGGUUCAAGUCCAGCUUUGAUCACCUGUUGGAUAUUGCUCAAUCCCAACACUCACCGGAAGCUGGAGUGAUGCUGAGCUCCGGCUGGCAAAUUUUCAAGGACGCUUCGGCCGAUAAGAAACCCUUCUGGUCAGAGCUCGUGAUCGGCUUUCGGUUCAUGACGGACAGCGAAUUGAAAAGGUUUCCGGAUCACAAGUUCGGACAGGCGUUCACCACCAUUAAAUGUGAAUGUUCCAGCUACCUGCCGUGGCUCGAGAAGAGGUUCAGAAGAGCUGGAGGUCAAGUGGAACAAAGGAAGGCCAACAGUCUGCAGGAGUUGAGCAACAGCUAUGACGUCAUUGUCAACUGCUCUGGUUUGGGCUCCAAACUGCUGGUGGGUGACAACGAGCUGCACCCCAUCAGAGGUCAGGUCCUCAAGGUGGAGGCCCCCUGGCUGCACCACUUCAUCAAGGAUGCAGACAGAAAGACCUACAUCUACCCCGGCAUGCACUGCGUCACAAUAGGCGGCACGAGGCAGGAGGGGGACUGGCGGCUAGAAGUGGACGAAGGCGAUACGAAGAGCAUCCUGGAGCGCUGCGGCAGGCUGGAGCCGUCCAUCGGCAAAGCCAAAGUUCUCGACGAGUGGGUCGGUCUGAGGCCGAGCAGGAGGAAUCCGAGGGUGGAGCGGGAGGCGGUGCAGCUGCAGGGCCGCAGGGUUCCCGUGGUCCACAACUACGGCCACGGAGCCUCGGGAGUCACCCUGGCCUGGGGAACCGCCCUGGACGCACUGGGGCUGGUGAGGCAGAGCCUUCAUGAAGUGCUCCCACAGGCUAAACUGUGAGCCAGGUCUGCCACUGAAUUCUGCUUUAAGCAAUAACACUCAUCUUUAAACUUAAACAUCUUGGCAGGAAGAUGGACAACUAAAUCAACAAGGUUUUGCAUUUAAUAGUGUGACGAGAAGAAAAAAAAGUAUGUGAAAAUAUAUGUUGCUGAACAAUUGGCACUGGUUAUGAGAGAAUAAUAUAUAACAUUUAAAAAUGUUUUUGAAUACAGUUGCCUUACAGAGAUCUACUGUGCUAAACUUAAUUGAAAUAUACCAAUAUUUAUUGAUGUGAAAGUUGAACAGUAAUUAACAACAUUGUUUGCAUUUUUACAAAGAAUAUAUGAAAUAAACCUUUAUGACUUAAAUGAAUGAACAGAGAAAUACUGAUGAGAACUGCCAGUAGUUUACUGUAUCAACUACAUUGUGAUAUUUAGUAUUUUCCAGCUGUAAAGAAAAAAAUUGUUUAAAACUGAAUUAAAAAAAUCUUCAGUUAGAUUAAAAACAUUUAAAUGAAUAAUGAUUUAAUAAAGGCAUUGUUUGAUGAA